GCCACGUGGCGUAAUUUCUCUGCACGACGCGCUUCUUUUCUUUCUAUAUUCAUCUCUCCGACACAAACCUAACCUUCUUCUUAGUUCUUACCAAACAUCGAAACCAUGAGGAUUAUCUCAAAGCUGUUCGAUUCCGACAGAAGACGAAUACCGAAAUCGCCGAAGCAUUUGGAUUCCGACGAAAGCGUCACGUUAUCUUCAUCACUCAGCGACGUAACGACCGGCUCAAGCAGCCUCCAUAGCAGUCUCUCUCUCCAAACGCUCCCUUCAGUUCCCUCUCUUCAGAAAAUCCCCUCUACCACAGUCACCGUCUCUCACUCCGUUACCUCCUCGUUUAAACUCCGUGAACGGAGUCUUCCUGUAACUUGUCUCGCCGUCAACGGUGGCUAUCUCUUCGCCGUUUCUGGACACGAAGUAAGUAUCUACGAUCGUGACAUGUGUGCUCAUCUUGACACAUUCAACGGCCAAGAUCCUUUCUCAGGAACCGUUAAGUCCGUCGGCUUCUCCGGUGAGAAAAUCUUCACGGCGCAUCAAGACGGUAAAAUCGGAGUUUGGAAACUAACGGCGAAAAGCGGUUAUAAACAGUUAACGACGCUUCCUACUUUAAACGACCGUGUACGACGUUUUGCUCUUCCCAAAAACUACGUUCAAGUACGCCGUCAUAAGAAACGUCUCUGGAUCGAACAUGCUGACGCCGUCACCGCUCUCGCCGUUAAUAACGGAUUCAUUUACUCUGUUUCUUGGGAUAAGACCUUGAAGAUAUGGAGAGCCUCUGAUCUUCGUUGCAAAGAGUCAAUCAAAGCACACGAUGACGCCGUUAAUGCCGUCGCCGUCUCUACUAACGGCACCGUUUAUACUGGAUCCGCGGAUAGACGUAUCCGGGUGUGGGCCAAACCGACCGGUGAGAAACGUCACACGUUAGUCGCGACUUUAGAAAAGCAUAAAUCGGCGGUUAACGCUUUGGCAUUAAACGACGACGGAUCGGUUUUAUUCUCCGGUUCGUGUGACCGGUCUAUUUUGGUUUGGGAGAGAGAAGACACUUCCAAUUACAUGGCGGUGAGAGGUGCUUUGAGGGGACAUGAUAAAGCAAUACUCAGUUUGUUCAACGUCUCUGAUUUGCUACUAAGUGGUUCAGCGGAUCGGACGGUCAGAAUUUGGCGACGUGGACCCGAUUCUAGCUAUAGUUGUUUGGAGGUUCUUUCCGGUCAUACCAAGCCGGUUAAGUCGUUGGCGGCGGUUAGAGAAAAGGAGUUAGACGAUGUCGUUUCGAUCGUUAGUGGAAGUCUUGACGGAGAGGUUAAAUGUUGGAAGGUGUCCGUCACCAAACCGGAUAAUUCAUUUUACACGAAUCUCGUUCAAUAAAUUAAUGGGAUUAAUUUGUUUUUUUGUGUGUUUAUUUAUUUAUUAUUACUUUAUUAGUGUUCGGCGGGUAUAAAAAUUUGGCGUUUUU